GGCUUUAUCCUUUUUUCCUUUCAGAUAAAAAAAAAAGGUCUUGGCAAGGGACCUAUGGAAAGAAGCCACCAAAAUUCUUCUACUACCCGCCCUACCUACUUAUCGAGAUAGCUAUCGCUAAAGCAUCACCUACUCGUACAGCACCGCCCAACUACACUCGUUUCUACGGCACUUCACCCACCCCUGAACCUAUUUCGUGAACCACUUCGUCAGGUAGUCCACGCUUGCAAUCCGAGCAUCUCCCGCCGGCCCUUUCGAGGUCGUCGCCGCGGAGAUGGAUUCGUCGUCCGCCAGCCGGCCGGCCGCCCCCGAACCUCAGCAAAUCCGCGUCAACUUCACCACCUCGUCUCCCGAUCUCCAAUUGCCCGAGGGCCGGACCCAACUACUCGUCCCAGCAGACAUCAAGCGCUAUGGCCUGUCGCGCGUGCUCAACUCCGAGUCGAUGCUCAACACCCCGGCGCCGAUCCCUUUCGACUUUCUCGUCGACGGCAGCUUCCUGCGCACCUCUCUCGCCGAGUACCUUCGCGCGAGCGGCCUCUCCGCCGAGACCGCCGUCACCCUGCAGUACGUGCGCAGCCUGAUCCCACCCGUCUACGAGGCCAGCUUCGAGCACGACGACUGGGUCAGCGACGUCGACCUGCUGUCCGAGACCUCGCGCGCUGGCCUCUGGUCCACCGCCGCCGGCGUCGCCGCCCAGGACCGCAUUCUGUCCGCAUCCUACGACGGCCUGCUCCGGAUAUGGAACGGCUCGGGCGACGUGCUCGCGACGUCGCCGCCGUCCGCGCUUGGCGGCCACAGCGCCAGCCCCAAGGCCGCCAAGUUCCUGUCCGCCUCGCAGAUCGCCUCCGCCGGCCUCGACCGCACCGUCCGCAUAUGGAAGUACGCCGAGUCCGACGACCGCCUCUCCGGCACGCUGAAGCCGGCGCUCGAGCUGCACGGCCACCGCGCCGCCGUCGAGGCCCUCGACGUCCACGGCCCCACCGGCCGGGUCCUCAGCGCCGGCAGCGACGGCACCGUCGGCCUGUGGACCACGUCGAAGACGGCGGCGCCGCCCGCCCCCGCCAGCGCCCUCCCGCCCGCCCCCGCCAGCGCCCUCCCGCCCGCCCCCGCCAGCGCCCUCCCGCCCGGCGCGGCGUCCUCGUCGAAGCGGCGCAAGAUCGCCGCGGCCUCGGCCGCGCCGCAGCGCGGCCCUCUCUCCCUCCUCCAGCCCCACGCGUCGGCCGCCUCGGCCGUGCAGUUCGACCCGUCGGACCCGACGGUGGGCUACUCGGCGUCGCGGGACCGGACGCUGCGCACCAUCGACCUGACGACGGCGCGCGUCGAGGGCACGAUCGCGACGUCGCACCCGCUGCUCGCGCUGUGCGCGUUCCGCGGCGGCGGCGGCGGCGGCAACGCGGGCUCGACGCUGCUCGCGGCCGGCACCGCGGCGCGGCAGGUGGCGAUCGCGGACCCGCGCGUGUCGGCCGCGGCGCCCGUCGUCAUGACGCUGCGCGGCCACCGCAACCUGGUGUCGUGUCUGGCGGCGGCGCCCGGCGGCGCCGGCCACGCGCUCGUCUCCGGCUCCCACGACGGCACGUGCCGCGUGUGGGACCUGCGCAGCGCGCGGUCGCCCACCGCCGCCGUCUCCGGCGCCGAGGGCGUCACCGGCGAGUCUGCGUACGUCGUCGAGCGCGAGAGCCAGAAGGGCGCCCCGAGGCGCAGCGACGUCCCCGGCCGCGGCGCCAAGGUCUUCGGCGUCGCGUGGGACCGCCGCUGGGGCAUCGUGAGCGCCGGCGAGGACCGCCAGGUCCAGAUCAACAGGGGCCGGGACCUGCUGCCGGCGACGGCGACGGAGGUGGCAGGGAAGGAUUGAGUGGGGGCCGAGUGCGCAUCGUGGUGAUCUUGGGGGCGUGUUUGAAGUACGGGGGCAGAGGCGAGAUUGGAAAGAAGAGAGAGGAACGGGGAGCUGGUAGAUAAAAAUGACAGGUAUAUCUAGUCUAGGAAGAGCGUAUGUGGGAAACACAGCUUAUAC